UCGCCGCUGUGCGGCUUCUGUUUGAUUGGCCAGUUCAUUCCAAUUUCCGAUUCGCGGCAGCUGCGCGGCAGCAACUCUCGCGACAUUUGCUGCGGCCCGGCACGCGCAAGCCGCGGCAGGGUUCUGGCGCGCCCGUUCAGUUCUGCGUACCGCCGGCGCAACUCUGUUUGUAACCCGGAACUGCCGGGCAGAGCAGCAUGACGUCCGCCCUGGAGAACUACAUCAACCGAACUGUUGCUGUUAUUACCUCUGAUGGGAGAAUGAUUGUGGGAACACUAAAAGGUUUUGACCAGACUAUUAAUUUGAUUUUGGAUGAAAGCCAUGAACGAGUAUUCAGCUCUUCACAGGGAGUAGAGCAAGUAGUCCUAGGAUUAUACAUUGUAAGAGGUGACAAUGUUGCAGUCAUUGGAGAAAUUGAUGAAGAAACAGAUUCUGCACUUGAUUUGGGGAAUAUUCGAGCAGAACCUUUAAAUUCUGUAGCACACUGAGGAAAAACUACAUACUUGGACAUCUAUAAAUCUUUGUACAGAAACUGAUUAUUCUGAGGAUGAUGUAUGGAAUUUUUAUGAAUGUGUAACUGGAUUUUGACUCCUUAUCGAUUUAUUAUAAUAUGUAAAUUAAAAUAUUUCUGCAUUUUAUUGAAAAUUUUUUGUCUAAAUCAUAAGUUUGGUAGUUUGGUUUCUUUUAUUAAAUAGUGUGAAAAUAUAAUGGUCAUUUUGAAAACUUCUAGAAAAAAGUUGUACUUUUUGAUACUUUAGUAUUUAUGGAAACUACUGGAAAAGAGAAAUUUGUGUGCUACGUAAAUCAGGCAUUCAAUAACAGUAGUAGUACAGGAUAUAUGUGUUUUCUUUCCGUGAUAUUUAGGAAAGUCACCGUAAGGUAAAUCUUUUCAGGAGUUCUUUGAAUCAACGACAUUUAUCCGAUUCCACUGGUGGUGGUUUGCUAGUACUUAUAAAAGUUGCUCCCUAGCACUGAGGUCGGGUAGGUACAAAUGUGUUUGCUUGAGAAAAGCUAGAAUGCUAACAAGGUUUUAAUAGACUGGGCCAAAAUUCCAACUUGAAUAUUACGACUAGGAAUAGUAGAAUUGACAGAGAUGAUUGGUAAAGUCUCUUGAUACCCAAUUGGUUAGGUAUGAAAGUAAUAUGAACAUGUCAAUGUUGAAUUUUACGGACAGUAUAUUAUCUGAAUAAAACUGAUUCUGUGUAGUCUUAAAUUUUUAAUUUUUUAAGAAUUGGAGAAUUUCUAAUAUUAGAGUUAUUUAUAAAUGUGAGUAAAUAAACUCAUUUAUAUUGAA